CGAAUGCAAAUCAUGGCUACACAAAAUAGUAAGAGCAACAUCUUCUGGUCCUCUUCAGCAUGUGUAGUGCUUGUUUUAUUAGUGCUUGUGGAUGUGGGAGUGUGUCAAAAUUGUGGAUGUAAUGGACUGUGUUGCAGUCAGUAUGGAUACUGUGGAAGUGGAGAGGCCUACUGUGGGGCUGGUUGUAAAGAAGGCCCCUGUUAUUCUUCUUCUCCUCCUUCUACUGGCACCGGAGUGGCUUCUAUAGUUUCUUCUGAUGUCUUCAGCUCUAUAGUUGGAGGAGCUGCGAGUGGGUGUGCAGGAAAUGGGUUUUAUACUUACGAUUCCUUUAUUAACGCUGCUAAUGCUUUCGAUGGCUUUGGGACAUCUGGGUCUUCUGAUGUUAAUGAGAGAGAAAUCGCCGCCUUCUUUGCUAAUGCAGCCCAUGAGACUGGAGGGUUUUGCUUCAUCGAAGAGCAGAAUCCUAGCAGCAUAUACUGCGAUGCCUCCAACACUCAGUAUCCCUGCGCCUCGGGCAAAAGUUAUCAUGGCAGAGGCCCUCUGCAGCUCUCAUGGAACUAUAACUACGGGGCUGCAGGAAACUACAUUCAAUUUGAUGGGCUGAACAAUCCAGAGAUUGUGGGCACUGAUUCGACCAUCUCAUUUAAGACGGCGGUGUGGUUUUGGAUGGUGAACAGCAACUGUCAUACAGCAAUCACAUCUGGGCAAGGCUUUGGAGCCACGAUUAGAGCUAUCAAUAGCAUGGAAUGCGACGGUGGAAAUGUUGCAACUGUGACCAGCAGAGUCAAUUAUUACCAGAAGUUUUGCCAGCAACUCAACGUCGACCCAGGAUCGAAUCUCCAAUGUUAAUUUGCCUUUUUUGUUGAGUAUAUUAAUUCCUAGAAUAAGACAGCAAUGCCAACGACGAAAAAAAAUAGUUCGUAGGCAGUUGCCAAUUCACAUCACCUCUAUCUCGAUACUUCAAAGUUUACAAGACCUAUAAGAUAACAAAUGUUCUGAUUUCAUACUGAGAUCAUUUUUAUAGAUACAUCAGAUGUUUAAACUAGUGCUCCUUUCAAAUUUAAAAAGGUGCAUGAUAAAUUCAGCGUUGACAAGCAUUAGGUAUUGUAUUAAUCUAAGUAAUUUAUUCUUAGUUUCGGUGACAGGAGUAUUUUGCUUAAUGAAAAUUAUCAGUAAAUUUGUGAGA